AUGGCAGAUUCUAAUCAUGAUGCUACUUCAAGUCGUGACAUCGACAGAAGGAGUGAUUCAAUAGAAAAAAAGGAGGAGAAUCGAUCGGAAGAUGUGAUCUCCCAUCUUGCAGACCCAUUCGGGGAUGAAGAAUUUGCCGAAAUCAAGUAUCGGACGUUACAAUGGUGGCAGUGCGGCAUGAUCAUGAUCGCAGAAACCAUCUCCCUCGGUAUUCUGUCUCUUCCAUCAGCUAUGGCAGUCCUAGGCCUUGUUCCUGGAGUCAUUCUCAUUGUCGGACUGGGUAUAGUCGCUACCUAUACUGGAUAUGUGAUCGGCCAAUUCAAACUCCGACACCCGCAAGUACAUAGUAUGGGAGACGCUGGGGAGGUGAUGUUCCAUCCCCUUGGUCUAGCUCGCUUUGGUAGAGAGCUCUUGGGAACGGCUCAGCUGCUCUUUCUUAUCUUCGUCAUGGGCAGUCAUAUCUUGACUUUCAGUGUCAUGAUGGAUACGAUUACAGAUCAUGGGACCUGUUCGAUUGUAUUUGGGAUCGUUGGCUUGAUCGUCUCGUUCAUCUUUGCCUUGCCUCGAACUCUUCGCAAGGUCUCCUGGUUCUCGUUUGCUUCCUUCGCAAGUAUCCUCGCUGCACUACUGAUUACUAUGAUCGCCAUUGCUAUCCAGCGCCCGGGUGACGGCAAGGUAGACGCGACUACAUCAGUCAGUCUGUCAAAGGGGUUCCUGGCCGUGACAAACAUUGUAUUUGCUUAUGCUGGCCAUGUGGCUUUCUUUGGCUUUAUUUCAGAGAUGGAAACUCCGACAGAUUACCCCAAGACACUAUACAUGCUCCAGAUAACCGAUACAAGUAUGUAUGUUAUAGCUGCUGUUGUUAUAUACAUCUACGGUGGGAAUGAUGUGAAAUCACCAGCCCUGAGCUCGACAAAGCCGAUAACAGCAAAGAUUGCAUAUGGAAUUGCUAUUCCCACGAUUGUCAUAGCCGGUGUCAUCAACGGGCAUGUCGCGUCAAAAUAUAUUUACGUCCGUCUGUUCCGGGGCACUGAUCACAUGAAGAAGCGCACAUUCUUUUCGGUCGGGUCCUGGGUUGCGAUUACGCUUGUGUUAUGGGUGAUAGCCUGGAUUAUUUCCGAGGCAAUCCCUGUGUUCAAUACUUUGUUGAGUCUGAUCACUUCCCUUUUUGCUAGCUGGUUUACUUAUGGCCUGAGCGGUAUAUUCUGGCUAUUUCUGAAUCGAGGCCAGUAUGGGGCUUCCUGGAAAAAGAUGGCCCUGACUGCUAUCAACCUGGUGAUUGUGGGGAUUGGUGCUUGCUUGUGCGGCAUGGGUCUCUGGGUGUCUGGUAAGGCAAUUCACGAUGAUUCAAGUGGUGCCAGCUUUUCGUGUGCUGCGAGAAGUGGAUGA